AUGGGGAAGACAGAGAGAAAGAUAGCUAUAAAAGCCAGAAUGAGAAUUGAUGAGAGUAUUGCAGAAAAAGAAAACAAAGCAAAACGAACUCUAGCACCUAAGGAAGAAAAGAAGGAAAGCAAGAAAAGCAAAGCAAAAGAGAAAGAAGCCGAAGAAAAAUUAAAAGAGCUAGAGAAGAAGCGGCCUCUAAAAAAAGCAUUAGCUUUAGCAGAAAAAGAAAGAAAAAAGGAGGAGGCUCGAAAUUCACCACCACGGCGUAGGGGAAGGCCACGAAUUAGGCCAAUAACAGAGGGGCCAAUUCCCAAAAAGAAGAAAAAGACUCUUUCAGAGAAAGAAGGCGCAGCAGAACUAAAAGGCAAGAAAGAAACAAUUAAAAAAAGCGCUGAUUCAGCUACUUUAGAAAAUAAAGCAAAAAAUGUAAAGAAAGUAAAGAAGGAUGUACCAAAAGAAAUAAAAAUAAAGAAAAAAAAGAACUCAGCCCGGGUGAACUAG